AUGACUUCCUCAGUUCAUCAUUUCCUGGCCCUUUGUUCUAUUAUUCUCUUCUUUAUAUCUCCUUCCAUUGCCCAAAAAUCUUUCAGGCCCAAAGCUCUAUUCCUUCCGGUCUCCAAAGAUUCAUCAUCUCUCCAAUACAUUACCCAUGUCAACCAAAGGACCCCGCUCGUGUCCCAAAAAUUAGUAGUAGAUCUUGGUGGCCAAUACCUCUGGGUUGAUUGCGAACAAGCUGGGCAUGUCUCAUCUUCCUAUAGACGUGCACGUUGCGGGUCAAUCCAAUGUAAGCUCGUUAAAUCAAUUAACUGCAUCAACAAUGGGACUUGCACAGUAAGCCCAGACAACACAGUGACAGGUACUUAUGAUAUUGCUGAACUUGGUGAGGACGUUGUGUCCAUUCGAUAUAGCAAUGGAUAUAAUCCUGGUAGGGAGGCUUCAGGGCGCAAGUUCCUUUUCGGUUGUGCUCCAACACAUCUCCUAGAGGAUCUUGCUCGUGGUGUCAAGGGCAUGGCUGGCCUUGGAAGAAACAAGGUUUCACUUCCUUCUCAAUUCUCUGCUGCAUUUAGCUUUCAUAAGAAAUUUGCCAUUUGCUUGAGUUCUUCGAACCAAGCUAAUGGUGGUUCCAUCUUCUUUGGAAAUGGGCCAUAUUUUAUGCUUCCAAACAAUAUCGAUAUCUCAAAGUCACUCACCUACACCCCACUGAUCAUUAACCCUGUCAGUACAGCAAUCAAUUAUAAUGCAGGCGAACCUUCCUCUGAAUACUUCAUCGGAGUCAAGUCCAUCAAAAUAAAUGGAAACCCUGUUAAAUUGAAUUCAACAUUGUUGUCAAUCAACAAGGAAGGUUACGGUGGAACCAAGAUCAGCACAGUCCAUCGUUACACAGUCUUGGAGACUUCAAUCUACAAUUCUGUCGUUAAAGCCUUUGUCCAGGCCAUGGCAAACAUCAGCGAAGUGGUUCAACAUGGUUGA